AUGACCAAAUUCUACACUUCCUUUGGAUCCGCUGUGGCUUCGCUAUUUGUCGCUGGUGCCUUGAUGGCAUCCACCGUUCCAAAUCUUAUCUCCGCCGCCCCAGUCACCACACCUCGAGACAUGAGUAUGUUCAAGCGAGAGGUUUGGUCUCCGCCAAUCACGAGUCCCACCGCCGGUGAUAUUUUGCAAGUCGGUCAAUCGUUCACUGUGACUUGGGAUACUUCGGCUGAGCCGGAUCAAGUUACAAGUUAUGAAGGUACUUUGCUGCUGGGACAUAUGAAUAGCUCUGGUAGCAAUGAGAAUCUUGAUACGAAAUACCCCCUCGCGACCGGCUUCGACUUGCGGGAUGGAUCGCACACGAUUGUCGUUCCGGAUGUUCCCCCGCUUGAGUCCUACAUUAUUGUCCUGGUUGGCGAUUCCGGUAACGCCAGCCCAGAAUUCACGAUCGUGCACAACAGCACCACGAAACCCGCCGACGCCAUGGAGUACGAUGAGACGAAGUAG